AAAUAGUAUCGGGAUCCGUGGCUCAUGGUGGCUGAACCACGUUGGUUUCUGAGCUCACCUUGAAGUUCAUCAUUACCGUCUACACCAUGGUGAGGAACAUCAGUCUCCUCAGCCUCGAUGGCGGGGGUGUCCGCGGAUUAUCCUCCCUUUACAUUCUGAAGCAUAUCAUGGAAUCCAUCGAUCCUGAGAACACACCAAAGCCAUGCGAGUACUUUGAUUUGAUAGGAGGCUCGGGAUCAGGCGGGUUGAUAGCCAUUAUGCUUGGUCGAUUGGAGAUGGAUAUCGAUCAGUGCAUCAACGCAUAUAAGCGGCUGUCAAAUCACGUAUUCGCUCGAAAGCGACUACUGCCAGUGGGAGGCAACUUGCGCCGACAAUCGAAAUAUGACGGUCGCAGGAUCGAAACUGCCAUGAAGGCGAUUCUUCACGAGCUUGGUUACGAGGAUGACAUUCUCCUAAGAGAGCCAGCGUCUCCCUGCAAAGUUUACGUUUGCGUGACCGACGACGGUUCAAAACGAAAUCUAGCACCCUUGACAAGCUAUCCGAGCAAGUACUGCUCCAACGAGCUGUACAAGACCGCCAAAGUAUGGCAGGCUGGCAGAGCAUGCUUCUCCACGGAGCAGCUCUUCGAUCCCGUCCCCAUCGGACCAAGCGGACGGCGAUUCUACAACAGCAACACAGACGCUAACAAUCCGGUGCGAGAAGUCUGGAUAGAGGCGAGAGGCAUAUGGCCAUCCGGCUCAUUGGAUACCCAGAUCCGAUGCAUGGUGUCCAUCGGUACCGGUGUUCCUUCGAUCAAGAGAUCCAGCAAAGCGAUGUUCGGCUUAUUGAAGUCAUCGCGCACUGAUUCCAUCGACACCGAAGUGGACAUGAACAAGUUCCUCCGAGAGCAUACGGAACUGGAUGACGAAAAUCGUCUAUUCCGGUUCGAUGUACCCAACGGAUUGGCGGAUAUCUCUCUCGAUGGCAUUGAUGAAAUCGACACGAUCGUGGAUGCUACCGAGGAAUAUCUCGCCAAGGAGCCGGUCUACAAGCAGAUACAGAAAUGCGGUAGAGCUCUCAGUGCAGGCCCUUGAGCCAAUUUGUGAUAUUUCUUUUUGUAUAGACUUGGGUGGCAGACUGCUGGAGU